CCUGUUGUGCGCACUGACCACCUAUGUCCUGAACUGUGCCUGCUGUGUGCACCGACCACCCGUGUCCUGAACUGUCCCUGUUGUGCGCACUGACAACAUGUGUCCUGAACUGUGCCUGCUGUGUGCACCGACCACCCGUGUUCCGAACUGCCCCACUGUGUGCACUAACCACACGUGUCCUGAACUGUCCCUGUUGUGCGCACAGAUCACCUGGGUUAUGCACUGCCCUACUACACGCCUAGACUACCCUUACUUGAACCGCCCCAUGGCGUGCCCGGAGUAUAGCUACCUGUGGUGCCCCUGAGUGCUUGAGUCAUCGCUACCCGUUGAGUCCCCCGUGAACCCAAUGUCCCUAGAAAGCUGGUCCCGUUGAGUCCCUGAGACCCCUGCCCAG